CUCUGGUGUGCGCACGCGCAGGCGCACGACUAGUGGUCUCUCCCUCCGCCCCGCCUCCGUGAGGGCCGUGGCGCAGCAGGAGCGCCUAGAGCCGAACGUCUGCGCACGCGGGCUGCUGUGUUGCGCGCGAGGAGCUGCCUGCGCCCCCGCCCCUUUCCGCGCAUGCGCGCCCCGCGGCUGAGGCAAGCGCUGGACUGGGCGCGCGCGCUCUUCUCCUCGGUCUCUCGCCUGUAUUGUCCCGGCCGGGCGCCCAUGGGAAGCCCCGGCCCGCCCUGAGGCGACGGCUCCCUUCAUGGCGGCAGCGGCGGCGGGGCCCGCCAUGGCCCUCGAGGACGACGAGGAGGAGGAGGAGGACGACGGGCGGCGGCAGGCCGAAGCGCGGUUCCGGCAGAGCGCGCUGUGGGGCCGGGCGCGGAGCCUGCGCCGCCGGCUGCGGGCGCUGCAGGCCCGGCAGGUGGAGCGGCACGUCCGGCAGCAGCUGGCCGGGCUGGCGCGGAGCGUGGCCGCCGGGAGGCCCGGCUCGCGCGCCCUUCCGCCUGCCCCUGCUCUUCUCCCCUCGGCCGGCCCCGCGCCCGCCUCGCUAGGCUCGGAGCUGCGGCAGCUGGCCGCCUCCGCCACCGCCCGCCUCCGCGCCGCCCAGCGCGCCUGCGACUCGGACGCCACCGACAGCGCCAGCGUCUGCUCCUCGGCCUCCUCCGGCUGCUGCUCCUCCUCCUCCUCGGCCGGCUCCUCGCUCUGCUGCUCCCGGUCGUCGUCUUCUCCGUCCUCGUCUUCCUCGGACACCGAGAGCCCCGACCCGCCUCCGCGCUCGGCUGCCGUGGGGCACCACCUAGCAGAGCGUCAGUGGGCGAUGGAGAGAGCGGCCAUAAUCUGUCGGUGGACAUGGCUGCAGGCUCAGGUUUCGGACUUGGAAUAUCGCAUAAGGCAGCAGACUGAUGUUUACAAGCAACUCCGUGCCAACAAGGGCCCAGUUGUCCUGGGUGAUCUCCAGCAUGAGGAUGUGUUGAAACAGCAGAAUCGAUUGGGCUCCCCAGCAGUGGCAAACUCGAGGAGAAAUAAAGUCCUCCCACCUUCCUCCUCCCACCUGAAGGUGCCUACUGGAGACAGGCAGUGUGACUUGUCUCCCUGCAUCCCUUCCUACCUCACUCAGAAUACAGAGAAACAGAAUUCUCGCCUUGCGCAGUCUUUAAGAAACCUUGUGUGUCAAAGUCCCUCCUGUACACCCAUCAAUGGGUCUCCAGAACCUCCAAAAGCCUGCACAUCACCCCAUCAAGUCAAUGGAAUAAGUAACUGUUUCAACACCUGCUCAACCAGCAACAAUACCCAGGAUGGUGGGGGUACUGACAGGAUUCUCAAGAAACCGAAGCAACUGAACAACAGCCUGCCUGCCACAUCUUCGCUUGACAACAGCUGUGUUGCUGCUAGAAUCCGUCCAAUUUGUAGAUACAGGAAGCGGAGGCUGGUGAGAGUCAAUGCAGUCUCUCACCUUAGUAGAAAGCCGCAGAAACCUCUUGCCAUGAAGUGUAGUUGUGAACAGCCCAGUUCCUGCAUCUUGUGUGACUGUAAGGCCUCUAUCCAGACCAUAGACGCAGAGACUAUGUCCUUGGAGGAGCGGGUCGCUUUGCUAGAUUCUGGAUUCCAUCCUAUACUCUCCUUUUCUCACGGCAACCCUCUUCAUCUACACUUUGAAGCCUUGCUUAGAGAGGACCACAGGCUGAACCAUAAACUCAAGAACUGGGGGAUGAAAGGCCUUAACAAUAAUAUUUGUUCAUCAGCUCUCUCUGCAUCUGGUUCUCUGCUGAAAGAAUCUGUCAGCCACAACUUGUUCAUUCCCAGCCCUCAAACCCACAAGCCUAGUCCUUUGCAUCAUGUGCCCUCUCUGUGUCCAGAAAGUGGUACUCCACCACCUUCCAAUCAAGUUCCUGGCAAUUCCAUGGCGAUGGGCAACUCCGUGUUGCAGCCUGCAAAGAAGAAGAAAGUGGAGUGUUCCUAUGACAUCAACAAUAUAGUGAUCCCAAUGUCUAUGGCUGCAGCUACACGGGUAGAAAAGCUACAGUAUAAAGAGAUCUUGACGCCAAGCUGGAGAAUGGUAGAUCCCAAAGAGCUGGAGACCUCAGAAGAAGUGGGCUCUGAGCUGGAAGACACUUCGGAUGAAGUGUACUUGAAUCAUCACCAAAAAUUUGAAGAGUUGGAACGGACCCGCUGGGAUUCCUGGGCAGGAAACAUUUCCCACAAGCGAGGAAACAGGGGCUCCAACAAGGGAGAUGGAAGAUGGAUACCUCAGCCAGGCUCUCCAGAUACAGGAUCUCCUUACCUUAACCAUCUCCAGUGUGUGAACUCGCUCACAGGGUCUCUCAGCCCAGAGCUUCCUAAUGUUGUGCAGCCUAUCCUCAUGAAGGGUAAGAGCAGAGGAAGUCUGUCCUUCAGUGAAGACACAAGCUUCUCUAUCCCAGAAAUGGAUGAUGAUAUCCAGAACAUACAGCCAUGGGAGCUCCGCACAUUCCCCCUCUCGGACAAAGAGUAUCAAGCACUUCAGAACCCACCACAUGAAGCUCUUGGCAAGCAGACAAGUGCCAUUCAGCAGUGGGACUCUGGCAGCAAUCGGGGCUUGAGGACUAACAAUAUAAAUUCCAGCGCUUGUAAUCCCAGGGAGCCGUUCAUGUCCAGUUGGCAGAUGCAGUCCAGUAGCAGCAAACAUCAGGAGGAGCUUGCAGGCCAGCACUGCAUCACACCGCGACUCAUCAACCACAGAUGAGCUUUGGGGCCACGCAAUAACAUAUGGUAGAGUUGCACCCAUCCUCUCUAGAUUGGUGUCACAGAGCUUGGCUGGUGAGCUGGCCUCGCAGAGCAAUGGCAGCAGAAAGCACUGCUCUGCCCAAAGCGGAGGUCCAGCUGUGAACUUGGAGCUCUGGCUUCCCCAGAUCGGUAAGGGCUGGACAGGCAGCAGAAGCAGAGUGCUGGGCCUCUGUAGUGAGGGAGGAGGGUGCCACACAGAAUAGCCUGUUUGCAGGUUGAUUCUGGACGGAAGGACUUGGGUGCCUUACGGCAAGAAGGUUAGGCGCUGCUGUGUGAGGGCAGCGACCCAGGGUAACUUGAAAAGGGAGCAGCAAAGAGGUUGGAAGAUGCCACAAAGAACGAAAGCCGAGAAGUAGGGGAAGGCUAAGCCAUUUCAAUGUAGAUGGCUGUCACUCCGAUAGCACUUCUUUGAAAGGACACCAGUCAAUGGAACAUGUCGUCCUCUGAGGCUUUUACGCCAGUUUGGGGGCAGGAGUUCAGUCACACAAAUCACAGGUUUUCCCCAGUGCCACAGAUGGCAAGGAGGGAUUUAACUGAGGGGUAGUUGGUGUGUGUGGACAUUGAAUAAAUGCUUGUAGGGGAAGAUAGAUGUUUUGCCUACUAGAUUCAUAUGGUUUUAAUUUUAAAAUGUAGUCUGAAAUCACCAAUUUUCUAACAUUGCAGAUCAUGUUUUCUUGGCCUUGCAGAAAUGCUACAGUUGCUGAAAAUAAAUGACAAAUCAUGAAAAAGCUUGUUUUUAUAUUUCUGUCAGAGAAACUGUAACUCCUUUUUGUUAUAUGGAUAUUCUAAUCUCCUUGGUAUUCAGAAUAAAACUGGCAGGAUGGAUGAUGUGGGCUCUUCAUUGGCCAUGAAAGUCUUUAUAACUGCAUAUCAACAGUGAAUCAAAGGGAAAGGGGGAAAGCUCUUGUAGGAUCAGGGAGAAGCUUCCCACAUGCAUGUGACUUUGAGCCAUCUCUCUUGGCCUGGAAUAGUCCCUGCUGUAUUUCAAAGUUGGAAUUGCAUACACUUUAAAGCAUGCAAGUAUCGUUGGUGUUAAAGUAGAUUUCACUUGGAAGAUGUUUAGCCUUGGCCAUCUGUGCUCUAGCGAUCUUCUUCCUCUUGAGUGACCGGCAUAAGGAGCGUUGAGCUUGGAUGGGGAAGAGGGGAGAGGCUGCAACACCACUCGGAGGAGGCAGCUUUCUUUUUUAGUGACACAUCAAAAGGGAAAGAAUCUGUAGGGAUACAGAGGUAAGAGGGAAGGCAGUUCUCCCUCUUUCCCUUUUAAAAUCUACUUUCAAGCAAAGCUUGGACUUUUUCCAAGAGCUCGUUUAGGAAGCCUUUAUGCUGUUCGGAGGCCCUGAGCAUGAUUCAGAUCUCAGGCAAUGGCAGUGGCAAAGGAAGAGUAGUUAAUAGUCCCCCAGGUGGUUCUGUUCACUUUUCAGAAGGCAAUAUCAGCUGAGUAAACCAUGUCUUGUUCAGAAACCUGUGGACCUAAGACAAACAUAGCUCACAGCACACGGACUGACUCCUUCAGCAUGCCUGGCUGGAGCCCUUCAGUUGACUAGUCUCGGAGUGAAGCUAGAGAGGAAUCUGGUGCUGAGGCUACAACCUUUACAGGUGGGGGAUGCUCUGAGGUGCUGAAUCACUUAGUAUCCAUUUGCUACUGGUUUCAUUGCUGGAACUGCUCUACCUCCAUAAGGAUUGCAUUUCUCUUGUGACAACUGAGAUUAGUUCAGUUAACUUAUUACUGGAAGGUUUGCUGGCAAUUUCCAGAGGUGGCCAUAUUCAAGCGGGCAGUGCUGGAAGUGAAAGGAGUUUUCUCUGUUUUCCGGGACAAAUACGCUGGCUAGAGUUGAAUACAAUGCCUUCCGUAGUGCCUUACUUGGGAUCGCCAUUCCCAGCAGCAUGUGGAGUGAAAUCGAAUCUAUGCUGCCAUAACAUGGAUAAAACAUUGAUAUUUAGAGAGUGGCAGGGGAAGGGAAGGUACAAACAACAUCAUUAGCAGAUCAGUUAAGAGAAGCUAGAGAGUGAUCUUUCAGAAUGGGUUAAAAGCAUUUUGGGGGGGUUGCCCUUUCUCUAAAAAAGUGACAGAAAAUGAUAAUUAUUUCCAAAUCCAUUCUGUCAUACUUGUAUGGUUUUUUACAGCUUGAUCCCAGGAAAGCAAGCAGAUAGUAUUUGUGAGGCCACCAGUGUCUACUAAUGCACAUUUUGUGUGGUUCUGAAUGUCGACUUUUCUGUAAUGUUUACACUUUCAUAUUUCUAACUUGAUGCGGUGGUGUUCCUGUAAAGACUUGAGUUGGAAAAGACUCAUUUCUCAGUAAUGAUUUCAAAGCACCUUGCACAGCCUUCUAUGAAAUGUUUAUUGCAGGAGAAAAAUAAAACUAGAAACUCACAAGCA